UUCUCUCUCGCACUUCCUCGAAGCACGUUACGACGGCUUCGCUGUUCCCGGAACAGCAGGGCGUGCCUCCUCUGCGGCGAGCUGCGUUGGGAGUCAGGCUUGCUGAUGCUUAGUCGUUUGAGGUUUUUUAUUUAUUUUGCAGCACGAUGUUUUAUUCUUAAAAUACCCUGUUGCUAUAAUUGUACAGAGGUUGUCGGGGAUGAUAAGAGAGUUGAGCGCAUUCAUGAAUUUGGAAGGAGACCGAAAACGGCUCCGAACUGUGAUCUGCCCCAUGUGUUUUAAGUGAUUUCCAGUUUGAAUUCUAGCCCGACUCGUUGAAGGGAAGUGUUACGUAUUUUACUGAUAAUAAAACCAUUUUGUAGAUGAAGUAGUACUAUGUUGACAUUAUAUGAUCUACUCGGUGACUUGCUUAAUUUAAAAAAGCCUACAGACAUUUUUUGCUCGAAAUGAGGAAGGUCUAGGAUCAGCUUUCUCCCUUUAAAGUGUCAGGAUGAUACCUCUUUGGAGCUGUGAAGCGGGUUCCCUAUUUGCACAUGAUUUCUGCUGGAGAUGUGGACAUUCUAGAUUUGCAUGUGCCUGUUCUCUGAUUUGUGCUGUGUUAUGUCCUAAUGCAUGUGCGAGUGAAGACGUACCUAAACAAGCUCACAUUCAUGCAGUUAAGAUCCAGAGAAUAAAAAUGGGAACUCCUGGAUCAGGACGGAAGAGAACUCCAGUGAAAGACAGGUUUUCUGCAGAAGAUGAAGCUCUGAGCAACAUCGCCAGAGAGGCAGAAGCCAGACUUGCAGCAAAACGGGCAGCUCGAGCAGAAGCAAGAGAUAUACGUAUGAGAGAGCUGGAGCGACAGCAAAAAGAGGAAGAUGCAGAGAGAGCCAGAUACUCUCACCAGUCCAUUCGACAUUCACAUUUGUCAUCUUCUCUAUACAGUGAUCCAAUGGCACCAACCAGGAGUUACAGGCUGGAAGAAAAAAGUGAAAAAUCACAUUCAGAAAUAUUUUCAAGGCCCUCAUCUCGAAAUUCAGUAACUCUGAGUGGCAACUCAUCUAGGAGAGGAAGUGGAGAUGCAAGUAGUUUGGUGGAUCCUGAUGCCUCCCUUAGUGAAUUACGGGAUAUCUAUGAUCUUAAGGACCAGAUACAUGAUGUAGAAGGGAGAUACAUGCAGGGACUUAAAGAAUUAAAGGAUUCACUAGCUGAAGUUGAAGAGAAGUACAAGAAAGCUAUGGUUUCCAAUGCUCAACUAGACAAUGAGAAAAAUAACUUGGUUUACCAAGUGGAUACUUUAAAGGAUAUUAUUGAGGAGAAAGAAGAGCAGAUAGCAGAGUUCUAUAGGGAGAAUGAAGAGAAGUCAAAGGAAUUGGAAAGGCAGAAACACACCUGCAGUGUUCUGCAACAUAAGCUGGAUGAGCUUAAGGAGGGCCUUCGACAGAGAGAUGAAUUGAUAGAGGAGAAUCAACGUAUGCAGGAGAAUAUAGACUCCAUAACCAAAGAAGUAUUUGAUCUUCAGGAGACAAUUAAUUGGAAAGAUAAAAAAAUAGGGGCCCUAGAAAGACAGAAAGAUUACUUUGACUGCAUUAAGAAUGAGCGAGAUGAGCUCAGAGAGGAGUUGGCUGACCUGAAGGAAACAAUGAAGAGAGGACAGAAACAUGGAUUAGUUAUAAUUCCCGAUGGCACACCAAAUGGUGAUGUAAACCAUGAAUCAGUGGUUGGUGCAAUAACAGUUGUGUCACAGGAAGCUGCUCAGGUCUUGGAAUCUGCUGGAGAAGGACCACUAGAUAUCAGGCUACAAAAACUGGCUGGAGAAAAGGAGGAAUUACUGUCCCAGGUUAGAAAACUGAAGAUUCAGUUGGAAGAAGAACGACAGAAAUACUCUAAAAGUGAUAUCAUGAAUCCAGAUUUCAUAGGCUUAGAGAAUGGCGCUGACUUGCAGCUAAUUGAAAUGCAAAGAGAUGCCAACAGACAAAUUAGUGAAUACAAAUUCAAGCUUUCAAAAGCUGAGCAAGAUAUAACUACUUUGGAACAAAAUAUUGGACGACUUGAGGGGCAAGUUGCAAGGUAUAAAAAUGCAGCAGAAAAUGCAGAAAAAGUAGAAGAUGAACUUAAAGCUGAAAAAAGGAAGCUUCAGCGAGAGUUAAGAACAGCACUCGAUAAGAUAGAAGAGAUGGAGAUGACCAAUAGCCAUUUAAUGAAAAGGCUGGAGAAGAUGAAAGCAAAUAGGACUGCGCUUUUAUCUCAACAGUGAAAUGGAAAUUGAAAAUACAAUGCACUGCUCCUUGAAUAACUAGUCCCUAGCUUGUUUAUAAAUACAGACUUCCAUUGGCACAAACUGUAUGAACACUGAGCUGUUCACUGGUGGUUUAGUUUCAUAAUUGACAUACUUUUUGUAAUUUAUGAGAGAAUGAAAUAUAGUUUGAAUUCCUAUGUGAAUGACAGCAAUUUUUCAGUAGUGUUUGAUUCUAGAGUCAAAGGUAAAGCACAAUGCUGUAUGUUUUUACAACUGUGGAAUCAAGUUUACUCGUGAUCUCUUUUGGCUGCUUUAAUGAUGCUUGAUGCUCAGCAUGAAUUCAGGACAGCUGCAUGAAUUCAAGACACUGUAUUAUGAAACUAACAUAUACUUGCUUAAGACAUCACACAGCACAAGUGCCUUUUAUCUGGUGCAAUUUAGACUUCAUUGUUGAAAUAACCUUUGAAACCAAAUAGCGUUUUAUUUUAAGAUACAUUUGGUGUAUUCCCUAAUCUUUAUACAUUUUGAAAAUACAUUUUUUAAAUAUUUAAAUUUAUAAGAAGAAAUAGGGACUGUAUAUAAAGAUCUGCUUCUUUUGCAGGAACACAUCUGACUUCUACAUAAUUUUGGCAAAUACUAGCCCCUGAUGCUCUUAGUAUUAAGAGUGUGGAUUUAAAAACUGAGAUUGUUCACCAUCAAAUUAUAUGUCAUCUGCUAAGUCCAAAUUGAAAUUUUAUGGUGCAAGGAAAGGGGUGAGAAAUGUGGCUAAGGAGUUUAUUAAAUGGACACUUUACUGACCAAAACUGGAUGUUUUGUGUUUUCUUUUGAAUACUGAGAUGCUAACAAGACUGAGCAAAAUCUGUAGAAUAG